AUGUCCCAAGACUCUGUUAUUCCCUUGGAGUCAAAUCCCGAAAUCUUCACUCAGUUCGGUCGCAAGCUCGGUCUUUCGCCACUGCUUUCGUUUUUCGAUGUGUACUCUCUCACAGAUCCCGAUCUGGUGUCUUUUCUUCCAAGACCAGUCUACGCAUUGAUUCUCUUGUUUCCUGUGACAGAACAGUAUGAAAGUCUCAAAGUGACCGAGGAAAAAGACAGAGACCAAGAGAAAGACGAUAAGUUUGAGCAAAUCAUCUGGUUCAAACAGCUGCUCAGAAACGGUUGCGGUCUAUACGGGUUGCUCCAUGCCCUUUGCAAUUUGCCCGAAGGGCUUUUGGUGAAAGACUCGCCACUCGAGGCAUUCAUCCAUAAAGUGAAACAGCUGCCGAAUGUUAACAAUUCAAAUAACCACGGUGAGAAAAGCAAGCUUGUUAAAGAUCUCUCGCUCUCGCUUUACGAGACGUUUAGCAAACAGGGCCAGACAGAAGCACCCAGCUCAGAGGAGGAAGUCAACUUACAUUUUAUAUGCUUUACAAAAGGCACUGACGGUCACUUCUACGAGUUGGACGGCCGCAGAAACGGCCCCGUCGAUUUAGGACAAGCCGAGCCAGAAUCGGAUGCCAUUAGCUCGCAGCUUGUUCUGCAACGGGUGCAGCGGUACAUGUCCCUUGCAGACGAGGACAACAGUAUGAACUUUGCAAUGAUCGCGCUCGGUCCAGAUCUCGGCUAG